AUGUUGAGAUUGGCAUUCGUUUGCAAGACCUGGAACGACUUCUUUAUGUUUUGCACAUACAACGCCCAAUUCAAGUUCAACGAGCAGCUUUGUCGACAAAAGGAUAAUGUGGCUAUGGGAUCACCUCUGGGACCGUGGUUUGCCAAUGUGUUCAUGGCGAAACUCGAAAAUAACCAACUCAAAUCUUCCAUUCAGGAUUGGGUGUUAUACAGACGAUAUGUGGAUGAUAUUCUAUGCGUGAUCAACACAUCAGAAAUAAAUGAGCUGUUGAGCAAAUUCAACGCUGCUCACCAGUACAUAACAUUUACUUUGGAAAUGAAAAACGAUAAAAUGUUGGCAUUUCUAGACGUCUGUUUGAGUCGUGGAUCAGACGGCUCGGUGCAACGAUCAGUGCAUAGGAAGGCCACUUAG